GACCUCUAGCAGACAGAAAAUAUUACAUAUUGCACCUUUUAAAUAAAGAAUGAAAUGAAAAAAUGAAAUGCGAGUUUAAGGCAAGUAAAUGAUGACAGAAUUAAAAUUUUUGGACCACUUCAAGAACUAGUACCACAUUCACUGGUGAGCUCAGAACUGUGUCCUUUCAAAGAUGAAUAUGCAGCAUUAUUGAAAACAUGCAGAACUGCCAGAAUGUAAGUUAGGCUUAUGUUGCCAAAUGCCAAGUGGGCAAAUUUAAUGGUUUCCCAGCCAGAUCCUCUGAAUGCCACUGUCUUUCUACUUUGACACUGUUUUGGGGGGAAGAAAAAUCCUGUUUCCUGUCUGAAUAAUCUUCAUCCAUUUUUCUCUCAUUGCAGUACAAACUGCUUAAAGUCAAGUUGUCAUUAUAUCAGUGUUUCAUGCAUUCAGGAGAUGUACUGCACUGCAGCUGAAUCUGCAGCUCCAUGGUAUAAUAUACACAAUAUUAUAAAUAGAAAGUUAGAAUAUUGAUAUCGAGCUGUCCUCUCUGACUGCAUGCGAAAAUGAUCAUAGAAUGCAAUAUUUUGUCCAGUUUGUGAACAAAUCACUCAAUUGGGUAACAAAUCAGAACGAAAAGAUCGGCAGUCAUUGCCAAAACGACAUCCUUAAGGAAAUGGUUCAUUAUUUUUGUGACUGUAAUAUUUUAUUAUUAUUAUUACAGUUACUGUUCACAUGUGGUAUGUGCAUGUUUAUCAUAGUUAACACAUUUUAUAAACUCAUUGCAUUGCUUUAUGAAAAAUAGUUCCAAAAAACAUGAAAUUGUAUUUAGAAUGAGCUACCAACAAGAUGGCUGAAAACAAGACAAGGCUUUUGAGUGCUUUGGUUCCCUCUUGCUUGCCUGCUGUUACUGACGACAUCUAUCCCAGAGCCAAACUGGGCCCAAGUCUGAAUGUGGCGGCAUUUAAUCUUGACUGAGAUGUUCGUACGUAGCCAAGUCACACACAAUGUCAACAUGGCUUCCCGGUGCCGAGAGGGUGCCAGUAACUUGGCCAGCCCCUCCAUUUUGCUGCAUUACCCGUGGUGUCUGAUGCAGUUCGAGGGAGCAUUUUGUAGUCCUACAGAUGCCCGAUUGGGGUCUUUUUUUCGUAAUGCGUUUAUUCGCAGUAACUUAUAAUGUUGUGCAAUGAGAGCAGCGACUAUUUUGAGUUUUGAACAGUCGGUUUAUUUUGUCAGCAGAUUGAUGAACCUUAAUUCACUAACCUCUUUCCCGUCCACAGAAUGAAAAUGGAAAUGUGGUAGAUGCCGAGACGAGAAUCCUAACAUGGCGGGCAAAAAAGGACUUGGGAAAACAUCAGAUUAGUUGUGUCACUAUCCAGUUGCAUUACUUCAUUUCCAGGUGGAAAGAAGGCGAUAUGUGCACCGUGGGAUGAGGUAGUAGGUUGUAUAGUUUUAGGGUCACACCCACACUGGGAGAUAACUAUACAGCCUACUGUCUUUCUCAAAGUGAAAACGGAGCUACCUACGGAGUCUCAUCCUACAUUUCCUGAUGAUUAAUAUCAAUGAUAGCAUUGUCACGGUAUGUGUCGGUUGGCUAGCUGAAAUAUAGACAUUUUGUUUUAUUGUUAAAAUAAUAAUUUGUGUGUGGUGGUAUUCAUUGUGUUGCGUUAUUUAGAUGGAAAUGCUUGUGCAGUGUGAGGUAGUAGAUUGUAUAGUUGUAGGGUAGUGAUUUUAUCCUGUGUAGAAGAUAACUAUACAAUCUAUUGCCUUCCCUGAGGGGCAGAAAUACGCCAAAUUAACAUCUAAUUACGUUAGAAAAUGUAAUGUAGUGUUUUGUUUCUUUUAAUAAAAGCAUUUUUCUUGUUUCUAAUGUAACGUUUUACCAAUGCAAUAAAAGUAUUUGCAAAUUGAUCACUGUUUGUCAUUGAUUAAAACUGAUAUUUAUGUAAUGCCUAUUUUUAACAGACAAAGUAAAAUAUUUCCAAGUUAAGAGUGGAAGACAAUCCUGGAUUAAUGUUUGAUAUAUUAUAAGAGGUUAUUAUUGUCGCCGCAGCGUUAUGCAUUCAUCCUGGAGAUGGCGCUCUUGUAUUAUCUAUAUAUAUAUCUUUGAAAACAUGGCUGAAUCUAACAGGAUGAUAGAUGCUGUAUGUCCCGAAUGAUCUGCCCCUGGUUCAGAGUUAGAGGGUGUCUUUAAUUUGUAAUCCAGCAUAUGCUGGAUUUCUAUUGCUUCUGUUGCCUGUUAUUAUGCCACUAUAAUUUAUAUUCAUAUGGUAUAAAUUUACCAAACUCUGCAUUAAGGAUCUGUAAUCGCAUUGUGGAUCAUUUUGGGAUGGAUGGUUGCUUAGCAACUAGCAAUAUUUUAAUCGUCGUUUGAGCUCGAGACUUUCAUCUCUUCACGAGGAAACUUUGGAAAACGUACCAGUAGCAGAUAAUUUAGGUAAAAUAAUGAACUGCCUAAUAAUGGGUCUGAUAUGUGUGUGCGUCAUAUUUGGACUUUUAAAAGUUUGUUGCUCAAACAUCAACGCUCCAUGGAUUUAAUAAACAAGGAAUGUGAAUUGUGUCGAUGUUAAAAUUUAAAUAGAAAUCAUUUGCACAAAUAAUCAAGCACUUUGUAUUUUCUGGUUCAUUCCACAAAAUGCGUGCCUUUUUUUCAUUUGUCAGACAAACUCUUGAUGUAUUUAUAAAUUACACGACUUUCUCAAGCGAAACUUGUUUAUAUGUUGGGAUACUGCCUUGCGUAACAGGGUCGACAGUUCAUUUACUCACUAGCCUACUAACCUCAUGCUAUUGAAAGAGAAUUUAAUGAUGAACAUCUACAAAUAUCCAGUUUUCAAUAUCAAAUCAGUUGUUUUUGUUUCCUAUCAAAAAUCAUGUUAACAGGGUUGACUUUCAGAUCGUGUCUGGCAACCCUACUGAAAAAAAACCUGCAUAGCCUAUGCUGGUUAAAGUAUGUUUUGAAGCCGGUAUGCUGGUUUAUGCUGGUCCAUGUUGGUCCUGGACCAGUUUAGGACCAACAUGGACCAGCAUAGGACCAUCUUCAAAACCUACCUUACCAGCAUAUGCUGGUUUUUACAACAGGGAAACCAAACACAAUAAGACAAUUUGAUAAAGAGACACUUCUAAUUUAUUGAUUUGUUCGUAAUAACUGGAUUUGUUGAUGUGGAAAGGCAAGCCUUACACACAUUUUCAGAAUUAGGGACCCUUUUCUUGGAACACUUAAUAUACAUUUCCGUUCUAUCUAACUUUGUAUCUGUUGUUAUUAAUUGAUUUGGAAUGAAUUAACCUUUCAUUAAAGAUCACAAGAUUAAACUAGUUUAAAAGUUUGUUUCAUUAUCUAAUAUUUGUUGUACUGUUCUUGGUCACGCGGAGGACUCACGGUUCUUUGAAUUUUUUUUUUUUUUUUUUAAAUUUUUUUUUUUUGGAAGGUAGAUAGAUGAACAUCUCUCACCUCGCAAUUAAGGGCUUGAGGUGGGUGAGGGGGAAAUCUAAAGUCGAACAAGUUUUCUUUUCUCAUGGGAGGAGCAAACGGGUGCAGGAAAAUAGAUAAAAGCUCUGUUUAAGAAGCUGGAGUUACUGCGAUAUGAUCUUCGCCAAGAAGCGCAUAGAGAAUAUUCAUUUCUUACUCAGAUUGGUUAUUAUGGUAUUAUAGCGCGAUAUAUAAAUCCAGGUGACACAUCUGUCGUUGAUUACUGGGUUGUCGUAUCUCAAAUCAGAUUUUUACCUCAAUACGUACUGUAGCCUACUUCAAUGCAUACUUGUGUAGUUUGGUUGAACGCGCGUGUUUGCGGUGUGUUUUGAAGUCAUUAGUCGCGUUAUCAACCUGCUACUCGGCUUCAGGAGCGCACAGACGUAUAAAAGGAAUAUCGGAAAGUUUAAUUUCCUUCAGUACACAUCCUGAUAGAUUUAACAGAUAAAGGAUCUGCUGGAAAGGGUGCUGUGAAUGUAAGAGCGGGUAGUCUGUUCUAGUGAAUCGAGACGCGUAAAAGUGAUUCAGAAGUCGUACAUAUGCAGAAUAACAUUCAUCUCAACGCGUCCCGAAGGAUAUCAGCUCAGGUGUUCACGUCAAGUUCUCUCGGAGUUUUGCAUCCCUCCAAGGACUUGCUUUGCUUGUGAUAAAACCUCUUGUCCACCGGUUAGGAGACUACUAUCACUUCACAGUCUAUUAACAAAGUAUACAGGCUGAACAUGAGCAGGAAAACACGCCGCUGGAUUUUUCACAUUUUCCUCUGUUUGGGGAUUAUAUAUUUGAAGAUUGGGGGCUUUUCCUCCGUGGUUGCGUUGGGAGCAAGUAUUAUCUGUAACAAAAUUCCUGGUUUGGCCCCUCGUCAAAGGACUAUCUGUCAAAGCCGGCCUGACGCUAUCAUUGUCAUUGGAGAAGGAGCACAAAUGGGAAUCAAUGAGUGUCAGUUUCAAUUCAAAAAUGGAAGGUGGAACUGCUCGGCCCUCGGGGAAAGAACUGUCUUUGGAAAAGAGUUGAAAGUGGGCAGUAAAGAGGCAGCCUUCACUUACGCCAUCAUCGCUGCCGGGGUCGCCCAUGCCAUCACGGCGGCCUGCACGCAAGGUACGCUGAGCGGCUGUGGCUGUGACAAGGAGAAGCAGGGCUUCUACAACCAAGAGGAAGGCUGGAAGUGGGGAGGAUGCUCGGCUGAUAUUCGCUACGGUCUGAGCUUUUCGAAGGUGUUCGUCGACGCACGGGAGAUCAAGCAGAACGCCAGGACACUCAUGAACCUCCAUAACAACGAAGUGGGACGCAAGAUCUUGGAAAAGAACAUGCGUUUAGAGUGUAAAUGUCAUGGUGUAUCUGGAUCCUGCACCACCAAGACUUGCUGGACCACUCUCCCAAAGUUUCGGCAGCUGGGUUACAUCCUCAAGGAGAAGUAUAACCAUGCCGUGCAUGUGGAACCUGUCCGAGCCAGUCGGAACAAGAGACCUACCUUUCUGAAGGUUAAAAAGCCUUACUCGUACCGGAAGCCCAUGGAGACGGAUUUGGUGUACAUUGAGAAGUCGCCCAACUAUUGUGAGGCAGAUCCUGUGACGGGUAGCAUGGGAACCCAGGGCAGGAUCUGCAACAAGACUGCGCAGCAAGCCAAUGGCUGCGACCUCAUGUGCUGCGGCCGAGGAUAUAACACACACCAGUACUCGCGUGUGUGGCAGUGCAACUGCAAGUUUCUUUGGUGUUGCUACGUCAAGUGCAACACCUGUAGCGAACGGACAGAAGUGUACACGUGCAAGUGAAAUAUUUAUUGCUGGGGUAUUGAUGCACACCUGUGGCUUGUGUGGUAGAGGGUCUGCAAGUGUCGCAACUGGACGACCACUGCUAUGGAUUCCAGGAAUUGAGAGGAAAGAGCCAUUUGCACUGGAAAACGUGGGUUUGGUGGAGUCUAGACGGAGUAAUUGCAUGCAAUGCAUGCAGCUUUGCUCCAGAGCUCUGCCGAAGGCUUCAUGUUGGUACCAGUAGACACCUUUCUGUUCCAGCACUGAGCAACAGAGCGAAGUAGCCGGCAAAGGCUUGAUCUGUGGACCGUGAGAAAGAUGUGGGGUGUGAUUGAGGGUGUUCUGCUCCGUAGAUAGUACGGAAGGCAUUUCUGAGGAACGUUUUGGUCUGAGGGAUUGACAUUACAAAUUAAAUUUUACAAUUUUGUAAUUUUACAUUACAACAUUAAAAACUGUACAUGGACGCAACGAUGAUAUUUAACUUUUAAUUUAGAGAAAAUGGCUAAUGUUAAUUUAUUUAAUAAGGAAACUACUGAUUUUUCUCAUUGUGUUUACUAGCUUAGAUUUAGCUCUUCUCCUGUUUUGAUGUUGAGUGUUUUGCAUAGAAAAAAAAACUGACCAACUUUUACACUGUAUAUCAUGUGCUUUAGCUUAGGGAUGAAACGACGAUGCACGAUACAAAAACAAGUGCGCUGCACUCUAGGUGUAAUUACUAGUCUCUGAAAGCGGAGACUCUACUGUCUUUAAUGUAUCAUUGUGAGUCUUUGUGCUUCCAUUUUCCCCUCUCCUUCAGUGUUAACCCUUGCACAUAUAUUCCUAUGUACAAAUACACACUGGAUUUGUGCAUCAUGUUUAAAGGCUCAUUCCUUCCAAAGUGAAUAAACAAGUAGCGUCAUACUUUUUUAACAUUGGUCCACAAGAACAUUUGUGAUCCAAAUUGGAAUAGCCCAUUCAAAAUAAGCGUAUUUACAUGGGAACUAAAUUCUACCCACUUAGACUUAAACUUUAUGACCUCAAUUGACACAAAGCUUUAUGCUAAUGAGGCCACAAGCUCCCCUCGCUUUUGGCUAAUAUUUGCUCUGUUGGCAGAGAAAGAGAAUCAGUACUUAAUUCACUUAGGAAUGGAACAGCCUCAAUGCAGAUGCCCCGCCUGCUACUGAUGUGGAAUGUUGAGAUCAGAUAACCAAUUCUAUUAAUGUUAUAUAUUAUAGGUAAUAUAACACUUUUUGCUGCUAGUUUUGUUCUGUUCUGCAACGGUAGUUAAUACUAGUAGUAUUUUGUGUGUUGUGAGCAAAUGUGGUCGUUCAGACAGAUUGUCCCUGUGUUGACAUAUAUUUUGUAAGAGAUUAUUUUUAUAUGAGUAUUUUAUUUAUUUUUGUGUAAAGGAAAAACCCACUACCGAUGUCCUUUUAGAUGGACAGAAAUUAGAGAGAUAAGCUAGAAACGGUGUGAUUGUGUCAUGGUACCAGCUUGAGCUUGAUCAAUUUAUGUAAAGUACAUCUCAAUGAAGUAUCACUCAUGGUGGUGUUUUUGCAUAUCACAAGACGAUCAUACUGGUGUUCAAAUAUUCGAGUAGCAUUUUCAUGACAAAGGUCCUGGAUGUGGGAUCAGUAAGGGAAACUAGUGAAAUAAUCCUGGGACAAAACUCUCUGGUACUGAGAAAAAUUCACGACUGAGGGUUUUAACCAAAGAACAUCUGAAUUUGAGCAUGGCGCAAGAGUCUAAAAACAAGACGGCCUUGAUGCAGUUAUUUUACAAAAUCAGUGAUUUGAACAGAUGUUUUGCCAAAUUGAUUGUACUUCAUGAUUGUGUCAUCAUAAAUGAUAAAAAAUGUUGUGCAUUAUGUUUUGAACAGUGUUAAUAAAUGUUUCCUUGGCUUGCA